CAACAAUCCUCAUACUUACGAUACAAGUCCUCAAUUCCAACCCUGCACCAGUCCACAUAUCAAUUCACAAUGGCGAGCAAAAAGGUCCUCAUCGUCAUGUCCGACGCCGCCUCCUUCCCUCUAUACAACGUCGGCAGCGACGGAAAGACAAUCCAACAACCGUCCGGCUACUUCCUCAUGGAGCUCGCAAAACCACUCCAGGGUCUCCUCGAGGCUGGCUACGAAGUCACCUUCGCGUCUCCAGAAGGCAAAGAACCCACGCCCGAUCCUCUCAGCCUGUCCCUGGCCGCCUUCGCCGGCAACUUCUACGAGCGCAAGCGCGAAACAGACCUCAUCGAGCGCAUGAAGAAAGACCACGGAUUCUCGCACCCGCGCAAGUUCUCCGACAUAAGCGACGAGGAGCUGAAAAGUUUCGCGGGAGUCUUCAUUCCGGGUGGUCACGCGCCGCUGUCCGAUUUGGGCGACAACCCAGAGCUCGGUCGCAUCUUGAAGCACUUCCAUGCUGAGCGCAAACCCACUGCUGCUAUCUGCCAUGGACCAUAUGCUUUCCUGUCUACCAAGUAUGCCGGCGACAAGGAGUUUGCGUACAAGGGGUACAAGAUCACCAGCUGGUCGGAUGCCGAGGAGAAGUUCAUGGAGACGGCAGCUUUCAGGGGCGAGGUUACUAAGGUCGAGAGCGCCUUAAGGGAGGAGGGUGCGGAGAUGGUGGAGGGCGUCAGUACGGCGAUUGGGAAUAUUACGGUGGAUCGCGAGGUGGUCAGUGGUGCGAAUCCGAUGGCUGCGGAUACCCUGGGGAAGAAGUUUAUUGAGAUGUUAAAGGCCUGAGGGAUACUUCGAUGGCUAGGGGAAUGUUCAUAAUCAGGAUGUAUUUCACUGUUGUUCUCUAGCUUCAAGGUUCAGCGUAGACGAGCCGGGCAAAACGCCGUACUCCUAAAAAUGGACUACGAACGCUUCCAACAACACAAUACAAACUCACUCCGCA